AUGCAAGUUUGGACAUGUUUCUUCAAUAUGGAACACCAGAAGAUCCUCCUACUUCUCAUCCUGGCAACAGCAUCCAAGUUGCGAGCCUUUCCAUUCAGCGCAUCUCCGGAUGUCGAUGUCAUCCCCAGGACAACAGUCUUCCUUAAUGGCCUCCUGGGCACCGCUCACUUUAGCGGCGCCGCGCAGAACUACAGCACGCUUCUGUUGGAGGAAGAGGCGGGGAUUCUGUACGUGGGAGGAAGAGGAGCGCUAUACGCUCUUAACGCAUCAGACAUCUCCACACCCGCCAGCCCCCGAAUCGAAUGGGACUCCUCUCCUGAGCAAAAAAAGCAAUGUUUGAAUAAAGGAAGGAACAAUAAGACUGAGUGUUUCAACCACAUCCGCUUCCUGCAGCGCUACAAUGAGACUCACCUGUACACGUGUGGAACCAAUGCCUUCAGACCUCUCUGUGCGUACAUCGAUUCGGAACGCUUCAGCUUGUCUUCGGGCAUCGAGGAUGGCAGAGACAGGUGUCCUUACGACCCAUCCAAGGGAUACACAGGCCUCCUUGUUGAUGGCGAGAUGUUCACAGCAUCCCAGUACGAGUUCCGCAGCUCACCGGACGUGCGCCGCAAUUUCCCCUUCCCAACUCUGAGGACGGAGGAGGCCCCCACCCGUUGGCUUCUGGAGGCGGAUUUUGUAGGCUCAGCCCUGCUGCGGGAGAGCAUCAACAGCUCCAUCGGCGAUGAUGACAAGAUCUACUUCUUCUUCACGGAGAGGAGCCAAGAGCAGAUGGCGUACCCCAGCCGCACCAAGGUUUCCAGAGUAGCAAGGGUUUGCAAGACAGAUUGGGGCGGUCAAAGGACCCUGCAGAGAAAAUGGACCUCCUUCCUCAAAGCUCGCCUUGUGUGUUUGGUGCCUGAGUAUGAGCUGUACCUCAACGUCCUACGUGGCGUGUUCCUCCUGCGCGGGAGCGACGCACAGAGCAGUAUCUUGUACGGCGUCUUCGGCCUGGAAUGGAAAAACAUCAAAGCCUCAGCUAUCUGCCAGUACACCUUCUCGGAUGUGCAGAAGGCUUUCGACGGGCCCUACAUGGAGGUUCAGGAUGCUAAGUGGAGGGAGUACACAGGAAAGGUCCCUGAGCCAAGACCUGGGUCUUGCAUCACAGACGAGCACCGAUCACGUGGCAUCAACUCGUCACGAGACCUCCCCGACAGCGUUUUGACGUUCGCGCGGAGGCACCCGCUUAUGGCCGUCCAGGUGCGUCCGGUCGGGGCGAGGCCGCUCAUGUUCAAGAGGAGCGUCAACUACGUCCGUGUCGUAGCGCACCGACAGCAAGCGCUGGACGGAAACGUUUACACUGUCCUGUUUCUGGGAACUGAUGAUGGCUGGUUACACCGAGCGCUGGACAUAGGGGGGAAAAUGCACAUCAUAGAGGAGCUACAGCUAUUCGAUCAUGCCCAGCCCAUCAAAAGCAUGGUCCUCGCCACGGCCCUACAAAGCGUCUACGUGGGUUCCCACUCGGGGGUGGUGCAGAUCCCCAUGUCGGCCUGUCGGAGGUACGCUUCCUGUUACGAUUGCGUCUUCGCCAGGGACCCCUUUUGUGGUUGGGAUGGCCGGGACUGUGUGGAGGUUUGGUCUCGUGCGGAGAGGUCGAACCUCACCCAGGACAUUCAGAGGGGGACAAGAGGCUGUAAGGAGAAUCCUGGAAACGUGGUCCACCGUAGACGUUCAGUAAUGUCAGGCGAUGACGUGCUCCUCCAGUGCGAACUGCGCUCCAAUUUGGCGACGCCGCGCUGGACAUUAAACGGCAAAGAGCUCCAGGGAUAUGGCGUAGAUUCGGGCUACCGCGUAGGCAACGAUGGCCUCCUCCUCAUCGGGGCUCGAGGCCGGCAGAGCGGCUCGUACCGCUGUUUUGCCGUGGAGAACUCGGUGUCCGUGCUGGUUUACUUGUACACGGUAAAGGUGCACACAGAUUCGUAUUUCCCGGCAGAGGAGACGACGGAAUUUCCUGAUUUGUCCACGCUUCCUGGCACGACGACGGCAAUAGACCUGUCCACUGUCGAGCAGACCCCUCCGUCGCUCGCCGCACCGGGGCCGCAGCUCCACGAGUACAGACGCAUGGAAGCGGUGUACAUCUGCCUGGUGGCCGUCCUAGGCGGGCUGUGCCUGGUGUUGUCGGUGGUCUUGCUUUACGUAAGCUUCUGCACCAGGCGCGUCUCACGUAGCAGGAAGUUCUCCCAGCAGCAGGGGCUACAUGUCCUGGGGUCCUCGGAAAGGAAAGGGAGCUCCCACCUGGAGCUUCAAACCAUCUCCAACGGACGUCAAGGACGCCGCUCCAUCUCAGUGCCCACCUUCGGUAACUUCCUGCAGAUCGUUCCAGGCGAGGGAUCCCCGACCACCAGCAACCCGCCGGCUGCUCCCCCACUCCCCAUGCCCCCGCCGCUGCCCGACGCAGACUACGCAAACGGGCUCUCGGCCACGUUACCCAGCGUCCUGCGCAAGAUGAACGGCAACAGUUACGUGCUGUUGCGGCAAGUUGACCAUGAUGGCGCUUCGCCGCUCUACCACUCCUUCACUGAGGAGCUCAAUCGCAUUCUGGAGCAGCGGAAACACACACAGCUGGACCUGCAGCCCCAUGAGAGUUCCAUCUAA